UCCAGGGGGUUCCACGCUGUGGGAUGAAACACUGUCUCAUUCAUGCAGUCUGUACCGUGCCAAUAAACCCUUGGACGUUUAAGUAGUCUAGCAGAGUGCAGCAGUGCAGCUGAGUAACGGCAGAAUUAGUCUCAUUUAUUAAUAGUUUUUAUAAUGGUUAAAAUGACGAGUGUCCGCAUAACUCACUGGCUGCUCUUCGGGGGUUUGACUCUCAUACUGAUCUCUCCGUUCUUUAACGCUGAAAAGGUGAAACAGAGGGGGCUUCGGCAGCGAGAUGCCGCAGACGUCGUGGAAAAGUUUUCAUUAUUUCAGUAUAAUGGAAUGUGCUUACAAGGUCCACCGGGCACUGCUGGCCGAGAUGGAACUCCUGGAGUGAAUGGAAUACCUGGCACACCAGGCAUCCCAGGAAGAGAUGGCUUGAAAGGAGAAAAGGGUGAAUGUGUAAGAGAAAUCUUUGAAGAGUCUUGGAAGCCGAACUACAAACAGUGUGCUUGGAACUCUCUCAACUAUGGUAUCGAUCUUGGAAAAAUUGCUGAGUGCACAUUCACAAAGAUGCGGUCAGACAGUGCUCUUAGAGUAUUAUUUAGUGGUUCUCUUCGGCUAAAAUGUAAAGCUGCAUGCUGCCAACGUUGGUAUUUCACAUUCAAUGGUGCAGAAUGCUCAGGACCACUUCCCAUUGAAGCUAUUAUCUAUUUGGACCAAGGUAGCGCUGAAUACAAUUCUACCAUCAACAUCCAUCGCACUUCAUCAGUGGAAGGACUGUGUGAGGGCAUCACUGCCGGGCUGGUCGAUGUGGCUGUAUGGGUUGGCCUUUGCCCUGAUUACCCACGAGGAGAUGCCUCAACAGGAUGGAACUCAGUCUCAAGAGUCAUCAUUGAAGAACUGCCAAAGUAGAAACACUGUAACAUCUGCAACACUGUCAAAAACAAGCAGUAUAAAAAAAUAAACAUCCAAAACCAAAUAAGUGGGUUUGAAAAAUUAAAACAUCUGUAAUACCAGAGUAGAAAUUGACUGAGCUGGUCUUUAAUUUCUAUUAGCAGUCAUAAGGGCUUCUGUUUUUUUAUACUGAUGGCUGGUACCCAAUGUUCUUCUGACUGCUCUUUUACUUUAAUAAGAUACUUUUAUAUUUUUCACUGGUCUUUUAAUACACUGUUUUUUUUAUUUGUAUCAAAAUAAAUGCAGCUUUGACAUUUCUCUACA